AAUUUUAACCGUCGCCGAUCAGUUCACAAUUCCUUUUUUUCAUUUCUCUUCCAAUCCAAAAUCAUGCAAUUUCUUCAGCGUAAAUGCAUCCCGCCAUUAGUUUUUUGCUCCAUUUUCGCUUUAUUUUUACUCUUCUUCUCAACAUUUUCCCAUUUCAAUGGCGUCCCAUUUCUCUUCUUUCACCACAUCUCCGCCAUUGGCGAUUCCUUCGAUUUCGUUGAGAACCAACUGAAACUCACCCCCGUCUCGACCCCGCCUUCACCUCCCCGCUUCGCCUACCUCAUCUCCGGCUCCGCAGGCAAUGGCGAUAUGCUGAAAAGGGUUCUUUUAGCCAUUUACCAUCCCUUAAAUCAAUACGUGGUUCAUCUCGACCGGAAAGCUAGCCCCGAGGAGAGGCUCGCUUUGGAGGAGUUUGUGAAGGGCUAUAAAGUGUUUAACGAAGUUGGUAAUGUUAGGAUGAUUGUGAAGGCUAAUUUGAUUACUUAUAAAGGACCUACAAUGGUCGCCAAUACGCUCCAUGCUGCAGCAAUUUUGUUGAGAGAAGGUGGAGAUUGGGAUUGGUUUAUUAAUCUUAGUGCUUCUGAUUAUCCCCUUGUUACCCAAGAUGAUCUCUUGCAUACAUUUUCGAACUUACCAAGGGAUUUGAAUUUCAUUGAUCAUACAAGCAAAAUCGGGUGGAAAGCGGGUCAAAGGGCUAAGCCAGUUAUUAUAGAUCCUGGAUUGUCUAGUUUGAAAAAAGCUGAAGUGGCUUGGGUAAAAGAAAGGAGAAGUGUUCCUACUGCAUUCAAGCUCUUUACAGGUUCUGCUUGGAUGGCACUUUCUCGCCCUUUUAUCGAGUAUUGCAUAUGGGGAUGGGACAACCUACCUCGAAAAGUCCUAAUGUACUAUACCAACUUUGUAUCAUCUCCAGAAGGUUACUUCCACACUGUCAUUUGUAAUGCAGAGCCAUUCCGUAAUACUACAGUAAACCAUGAUCUCCAUUUUAUAUCAUGGGAUAACCCUCCUAAGCAGCAUCCUCGUCGCCUCAGGCUUGUUCACAUGAAACUGAUGCUCGAUAGCAAUGCCCCAUUUGCAAGAAAAUUCUACCCGAAUGGCCGACUGCUGGACAAAAUCGAUGCUGAGCUCUUAUCUCGGGGCCGAGAAAUGUUUACUCCCGGUGGUUGGUGUGCAGGAAGUGGGGAAAAUGGGACUGAUCCUUGUUCAGUUGUUGGUACUCCAACAGUCCUCAAGGCUGGCCCCGGAGCGAAAAGGUUGCAACUUUUGAUCGACUUUCUUCUAUCGAGUGGCACUUUUCGAGAAAGACAAUGCAAAUAAUACCAAAGGUAAGCUGCUAUACUUACAUCCGAAGAUGGAGAUAAUCCAGUCCAGUAUCCGAACAUACCAUUGAAAGCUCACAUAAAACAAGUAUGAACUCAGACUUCUCUUUCAAUGCAUAUAAAACCGGAUUCCUGAUC